GUUUCGUUGAGAAAGUGUUAUCAAUGGCACAGUAUGCGUCAUGUGUGCUAGAUAUAUCAACACAAGUACAAAGAACGGCGACAUAUUUACUACGGAGAAGAUGAUAUUCGCAAUAGUUGCCAUAUUUCUUGUAGGACUAUGCAAGGCACAAACGUGCGAGAAGAAGGUGGAGCGCCUUCAAGCUCAGGUCAAUGAGCUCAGUGAGCAGGUUAGCCGCCAGAUGGCGCUAAUACAGACGAUGCAGGCCAGUAUGCAGAGCCACGUGAACGGUCGCUCUGUAGAGAAACGUGCGGAAACAGCCAGCGUGGCCUUCAUGGCAACACUGGAUCAUACAGUGGAGGUACUUCACACUAACCAGCGCAUCGGGUACAACAACGUAAUGUUAAAUAGCGGAGAUGCAUACGCCAGCAGUGGACUGUUCACUGCACCCGUAGGCGGCACAUACCUGUUCGCGUUUUCAAUUCACAUGAAUCGAUUACAACAGAUAUUUACACAACUGAUGAUCAAUGGGAACCCUGUGAAUUCAGCCAUCACCGAAUCUUUCAGCAACUAUGGGGACACCCAGGGUACCGCCGUGUCAAUUGUGUAUGUGAGUGCAGGAGAGCAGGUGUGGGUGCAGAUGUUUCAUGACCAACAGACGAGAAUUGAGGGAAAAUACGGAGGAAGUUCUUUCUGUGGCACGCUAUUAGCGUAACAGUCAAGCAAUGAGACUACCAUUAUGCCUUUGUUUCUCUCCUUACUUUGUUAACAAGUGCAUGCUAUGCAUAUUUUUAAGAUUCUAUUAAGCAAUACAAAUAACAACGAUUACUAUUGUCGUACAUAAACAUAUGGAAUGAGAAAAGUGAAAAUUACAUCAUUCGUGGUGAAUAUUUACAUAAUGACUGGUGUUUAUUAUAUUAUGCGUCAUGACAAUUCCAACAUGUUUGUUGUCUAUUCGUUUAUACUUGAUGAUUGUUGCAACAUGCUCGGUGACUAUCCAAUGUUUGUGUGUUCAGUAUUCCUGAUUAAUGAUUUAAUAAAGCAAUACUUCACUGUCAUAAA